UUCUUAGAUUAGUAACAACCCUAUGAUCGCCUGAUUUAUAUGGUUCCUUUUACAGAGUCACAGGUGCUAAGACUGGCUCCCAGGCACUCUGCCUCAGCUUUCUGUAUUUACCGUCUAACUUCCCUGAGAAAGUUUUCAUGUGUAUGCUUAGCUUCAUCUAACCCAAGACAUCAAUUUUCCUUGAACUCUGUAUAGGGCUACCAGCUUCCUCAGGGGAAGGCAACAUGGCUGGAUUUUAAUCCGCUAGAAUGGUGGCUUCAGCUGUGAAAGUUUUAGCUAAGAUUUUAAUGACCAGGUUUAAGUAAAUGUAACAGACAGAUCAGCAGGUGUUCCAGUUACAUUCUCCAUUAAAAGGCUUUUUGUGAGGGUUUAAAAGAUAAAAAUUAAAACUGCGGUCUGCACUGCACUGUGCCUGGGCCUCGUCAUUUCACCAGCGGGGAAGACUUCAGUGUCCUAGAAAAAAAAGUCAUAUAAAAAGGAAAGAAAGUAGGAGAACAGAAGCAUUGCAGCACCCCACCCAUCAGAGGAAGCUUGAUAGCGCUUUGGCUUUCAGAUUCGAACAGGUAAAAUUCUUUCCAUUUCUGGCACUAGUCUCAUGUUGCAUUCUUCAUUUUCACUCACUGAAAGUCUGGGUCUGUCAUGGUUGUGUCUUGGCACCCCUUAGAAUGAAGAUGAACCCCAAACUUACAGCUGCUGUUGUUCUGCUGACUCUGUGCUUGGAAGGCUGCUCCAGUCAGCACUGGUCCUAUGGAUUGCGCCCUGGAGGAAAGAGAAACGCUGAACACUUGGUUGAUACUUUCCAAGAGAUGGGCAAAGAGGUGGAUCAAAUGGCAGAACCCGAGCACUUUGAAUGCACUGUCCAUUGGCCCCGUUCACCCCUCAGGGACCUGCGAGGAGCUCUGGAAAGUUUGAUUGAAGAGGAAACCAGACAGAAGAAGAUGUAAAUGAGUUGGCCCAGAAGGAUCCACAGCACUUGAGUAUAACAUUGACAUU